UUCCGUACUUUUCAAUUGAAGCUUCAUAAGCAUAUCGUCAUCAUCAUCGCAGAUUUUCAAAGAUAAUUUCAUCCAAAAAUCAUUAUGGCUACCGAUUCAUCAAAGAAUCCAUUACAUAAAAAAGUGGAAAAAAUUCUCAACUGUGAAAUCGAUACGGAUACCUUGAAUGCAUUGAAAAACGUAUCCGAAUUAGUCAAUGAUAAUACAUUGACGACACGUCGAAAUUUACGGGCAAAAAUUGAAACCCAAUCAUUGGCAAUCAAUGAACAAUUUGCCGAACAAUUUAAUGAUGUUCAUCGAAAAUUUCAACAAUUGAACGAUUAUAUAACAUUUGUUGAUUCAUCAUGUCAGAUGAUGAUGGAAAAAAUUGAUGAAUUAAGAUGUCAGACAUCUGAUUUUGUUCAGCAAGCAAAUCAAAUUCAAACCGAACUUCAACAAUUAGAUGAUAAUGAAAAAACAUUGAAUCAAUUUUUGGCAAAUUUUUUCCUGACCACUGAUGAAUUAGCAAUAAUUACCGGCAAUGAUGGAUGUAAAAUUGAUGAAAAUUUUUUCACAUUAUUAAGCAAAAUACGUUCAAAUUAUGAAAAAGCUAAAACAUUACUGGCUAGUAAUCAAUUAAUUACUGGUUUCGAAAUAAUGGAUUCAAUGUCUAAAUAUGAAGAGAUGGCCAAUGAAAAAUUAUAUCGAUGGACAGUGAAUAUAUUGCGUACGGUAAAUGUAGAUUUUCUUGAAUUACAUUCACAUCUUUUUGAUGCAUUAGCAUAUCUUCAACAUAAAGAGGUAUUAUUUAAACAUUGUAUGGAUGAAUAUACUAUUGUACGGCGAUCAGCCGUUACCCAUUCAUUCAUUGAAGCAUUAACACGUGGACGUUCAUCCAAUAAUACACAUUAUCAAGCAAUGGAAUUAUAUUCAAAUGAUAUUGUUCGUUAUAUUCGUGAUAUGUUAUCCUAUUUACAUCAGACAUUUGUAUUCGAAAGAGAUAUGCUUCGAACAUUAUUAAAAUCUUGUAAUCAAGAUGAAUUAUCACGAAAAAAUGUGAUCAAAAAUGUUAUCUCAUCAUUAACUGAAGGUGUGAUAAGAAUUCUGAAAAUUCGUAUAGAAAAUUGUCUAGUCGCUAAUGAUCGACGACAAGAAAUAAUGACACAAUCGACUGGCCAACAGAUUCGACGUACGAAAAAUUUUUUUCUCAUCAAAAAUAUAAUCAAUUUUUAUCUACAUACAUUUCAAGAAAUGUUUAAUGAAGAUUGUUCAUUUAUUCAUUUUAUCAAAGAAAUAUUAUUAUCAAGUGAUAAAGUUUGUUAUAACAGUCUGAAAUUUUAUUGUUCACAAUUAUCAUUACGAAAUGAUGGAAUAAUAAGUUUGACAAAAUCGAUUAAUUUCCGAGAUCAAUUACAACAUUAUAUUCAAUUGAUUGAUGAAUUAUUGGAUGGGAUUCCUUGUUCGAUGAGUUUCAGUCAAGAAGAACAACAACUUGAAACUGAACGAAUCCUUUCGGCCAUAUUUGAACCAUGUAUACAAUCAAUUAUAAUUAUAGCAUCAAAACUUCCAUCAAUCGAUAUGACUAUUUUCAAUUUAAAUUGUUAUCAUUGUUUACAGCGAACAAUUGAAAAAUAUAACUUUACAAUUUCGUUUUCGAAAAAUCUACAAACAAAAAUUGAUUCCACAUCCGAUGUUAUUGUCAACGAACAAUAUCGUUAUAUUAUUAAUUCCUUAUCAAUUAAUUCAUUAUGUAAUGCAAUUAAUCAGAAUGAUUUUAUCAAAUCAAACAUUCCAUUAUCAUCAUUAUCCGGGUGUGAUCCGAUAGCUGUUGUAACAUUUUUGAAUUUAUUUGAUAAAUUUCUACAGAAUCCACGACAAUUCAUUAUGAAACAAUUGAAUGAUAUUUAUUAUCCAACAAUUCAUGAAAAAAUAUGGCAAUAUUCAUUGAAUGCGAUAGCAAAUACAUAUGAAAAUAUUCAUAGCCAUUUAAUUGAUCCGAAAAAUAAAUAUGAUGAUAUUAUUGAUCGUAUAAAACAUCGUCCGGAAGAUGUUCGAAAACAAUUGGUCAUGUUGCAAGAAUAAAUAAUAAUAAUAAAUUUAAUCUAAAAUUAUAUUUGAAUAAAAGUUGGACAA